AAAAAGAUGGAGUUAUCUGGAGAUGAGAUUUCUUUCUACGGAUAUGAAGGAUAGAAAUAUGCUAUUUGCUGCUAUUCCAUCUAUUUGUGCAUCAAGUCCGAAGAAGAUCUCAAUCUAUAAUGAAGAAAUGAUAGUAGCUCGUUGUUUUAUAGGCUUUCUCAUAUUCAGUCGGAAGAGUUUAGGUAAGACUUUCAAAGAAACUCUCGACGGGAGAAUCGAGUCUAUUCAGGAAGAAUUGCUGCAAUUCUUCAAUCCUAACGAAGUAAUUCCGGAGGAAUCCAAUGAACAACAGCGAUUACUUAGGAUCAGCUUGCGAAUUUGCAGCACCGUAGUAGAAUCAUUACCAAUGGCACGUUGUGCGCCUAAGUGCGAAAAGACAGUGCAAGCUUUGUUAUGCCGAAACCUAAAUAUAAAGUCAGCAACACUUCUAAAUUCCACUUCUUCCCGCCGCAUCCGUCUUCAGGACAAUAUAGUCACAGGUUUUCACUUUUCAGUGAGUGAAAGAUUUGUAUCCGGGUCUACGUUCAAAGCUUCUACCAUAGACCUAAUUCGAGAAGGCUUGAUAGUCCUAAGAAAGGUGAGGGUGGGGGUUCUAUUUAGGAAGAAUAAGAAGAAUCGCAUUCAUGUGUUCAUGCUAACAGAAGAGCGGAUCCAAUACACAUAAGACUUUUUUUCAAGAAAUUCCUAAUGUAAAUGAUGAAUUUGGGAUGUCAUGCCCCACAAGUUAGUUGCCCAAGCGCUCCCUAGGAGGGCAGUCUACCACAAGAUAGAGUUUGAGCCUGGAGCCAAAGCCCCAACCCCUCCAUUUUAGGUUUUUCUCAGGAAAGAAUUUCAGGAAGUCAUAUCGGCCAGAUAAGCCUCUGACGGCUCCAUAUUGAUUUUUCCCCAGUUUUCUUUCAGAAGAAGCGGGAGCCAUUUUGCAUUGAAACUCGGUAUCAGCAGAGUCAUCUCCUGAGAAAGAC